CUUGGGCCGCCACACCGGGUACCUGUGGCGGCCGCGGGAGAAGCGCUUCCGCCGGCCUGCACGGCUCCGGGCAGGCGACAGGGCUCAACUUACAUGGCCGGGAGCCUUCCUACCCCAGGAAGCCUUUUUUGAUCCAUCAUACAAAGCAUACAGCAGGCAUUCUCUGAGUAUCAGCUGUAUGUCAGGCACUCAUGAGCACCAGCCACCCUGAGCCAGGUGCCCAGGCACCCUUGAACCCCCGCCCACAGCCCCUGUCUCGGAGUUCUUCCAGCCUGCUGGGUGAAGGCCGGGGACAGAGGCCAAAGCUUCGAAAAAGUGCCAGCAGCACUGUAUGGCAGGCCCAGCCGGGCGAGGCCAGCACCAGUCCCCAGGUCCUGGAGGAAGAGGGGUACCAGGCUAAGAGCACAGAACAGGCACUGACCUCCAGCCCCAGACCACGGCCUGGUGCUGUGGGCCACUGGCGGAGCAGCACAGUGGGCAAUAUAUCUACCAUGGGCGGUGGUGACCUAUGUCACCUGCGGGCCCCCAGCACCGCAGCUGUGCAGAGGAGCCACUCGGACCUGGUCCAUAGCACCCAGACGCGGGGCCACAGUGGUGUUCGAAAGGCCAGCCUCAGCUGCUCAGCCCUUGGCAGCUCGCCAGUCCACAGGGCUCAGCUGCAGCCUGGCAGUACUUCUGGCCAGGGAGGGCAGGCCCCUGCAGCCCUGGAAAGAGACCUGGCUGCAGAGGCUGGGACUUCAAACUCAGCCUGGACGUUGGGAGAGAGUCAAGUGUGGGUGUCACCACUAGUCCUGGGAGGCACAACCACCCACAGCAGUAGCCCCAAGGCCAGGCCCAAAGCCACUGGGCAGUCGGCCACCACCUCCUGCCAAGCUCUGCCCCCAGCAGCUCAACUCUGUGGCUUGACAGAGGUGGGGGCCAGUGACUACUGCCAUGCUCUGCCUGCCCCUGGGGUCUUGGCCUUUCCCAAACUAGUAGCAUCAGUGAGUGAGUCUGGGCUGCAGGCUCAGCAUGGGGUGAAGUUCCAGUGUAGGUUGCCUGGGGGUCUUCCUGGGCAUUUCCACUGCUGCGCCCAUCCCUGGGGUCCCACUGGAUUAGCUAUGGAGCCUGGCGCCAGGACCAAGGAUGUGUGGACCAUGACUUCAGCCAGUGACUUGGCCCCAGUGUUGAUGGCCCCUCUGUCAGCACAGGAUGCUGGUGUACAGGCAGCCCCGAUGGCAGAGUGCAAGGCUGUGGCUACCAGCCCACCCCUGGAAGCCCCUGAGGCCCAGCACACAUUUCCAGAGGUAACUCUGGGAUCCAGCCUGGAGGAGGCAUCAUCUCCCGUGCAGGAUGUGCGAUGGGAUGCUGAAGGCAUGACGUGGGAAGUGUAUGGAGCUGCAGUGGACCCUGAGGUGCUUGGUGUGGCCAUUCAGAAGCACCUGGAGAUGCAGUUUGAGCAGCUGCAGCAGGCACCUGCCAGUGAGGACAGCCUGUCUGCUGAGAGUUGGAGGGGGCCACUACGAGCUGUCAUGCAGUCUCUGAGGCACCCCAGCUGCUGUGGCUGCUCCAGCGCAGCUCCUGAGUGAGGAGCUGUGGCCCUAAGAGCUGUCUUGGGCCCAUGGACUCAGCCCCCAACCAGAGACAGUGGAGGCCACGUGCUCUUUGGCAGCUUUGGACACAUCUCUGCUGUAGGCCGCUAUCAGACCACAGGACUUCAGUCUGGGGACUUCUUGCAACUUGCAGCUGUGCUGAGUUUUAAGGGCUUGAUUCCUAAGAGUCACAUCUCUGCACAUCUGGGCUCUGAACUUAGGGAUAGAGUUUUAGCAGUGCAUCAGGGAGAUUCUGAUAUUUCUGUAAAAAUAAUUGUCUUUUGCAGUCUCUUCAGAUCUCUGCAAUGAUUUCCCUUAGGACUCUCAGCGGCUUUAUUUUAGAACAGGGCUGAGACAUAAUGAAUCCUUGCCAUGACAUGUGGGGCCCCAGGUGACAGAUCGGCUGGGUCUUUAGAGAAGUGAACUGACACUGUCGAAGGCCUCCUGGGUGCCACAUACUGUUUGUUACUUGUUGAGUCUUCACCUCUUCAUUCCGUGUUACAGACAAAACCACAGACAUUUGGCAGGGUUCUGGCUAAAACACCUGGGCUGGACAGCUUGAAGUGGAGGGCUAGGAUGCAAAGCAGGGCUGGCGGAAGCCUGGGUUUUUUUACCUGCAGCAUGCCUGGUCAGUCAGGGAAGGGCAGCCAUGAACACGAAUUUACCUAGGCCACAUUCUGUGCCAGCUUCUAUGGAUUCCUUGGGAAAUGUGACAGGCUGUGCCUGCCCUCACUGUGCUCAUGUAGAAGAGAGGUACAUCUCAGUAUGAGGGUGAUGAGCUUUACAGAAAGUCCACAGCGUGCUUGUAAGAGCCGCCUUCCUUGUAGGUCACUGUGCCCACAGGAACAGAACAGGUGGCCAACUGUCCCCAAAUAUGUCACACUGCCUGAAAUUACACCAUUAUUACCUCAUUCCUUUGAUUUAGGGAUUUAUUUUCAGUGGGUACAGUUAUUCAAAGAAGAGAGGGUAGGAAUCAAUGGGAAAAGAGAAGGAACCUGGAUUGGGGUCUCCCACCUGGUGGAAAAUGGAAGGAGCUGUGAGGCCGUGGGGGGCAGGGAGGCCUGUGAGCCAGGGGAUUAUGGGAGCGGGGAAGCCCAGGACACCAGGGUACAGCCUGACUUUAUCACCCAAGGAUCUCUCCAGGCCUGUGGAGGAUGGGAGUGGGCUUGGGUCCUCAUCCUGGGGCUUCAAGUUGAAAAAUCCAAGCUCCUGAGACAGUCUGUCAGCCCACCCUGUGACGGAGCCAGAAGGUUAGUGUCCUGCCCAGGGUCACUGGGCAUG